ACACUCCGCUCUCCGUCAACUCUGCAAGCUCCAUCCCUCUCUUCCACUAGAAGAAGCAGAGCAGAUAUGCAACAUCGAUGAAGAUCCAAGUGCUCGAGGAGGAGGAGGAGACGACGACGACGACAACGAAGAAGAAGAAAAGCAGCAGCUCAUCGAAGAUGCCGGCGCAGGAGCUGCAACCGGCUGGCCUAAAAGAGUCGCAGGAGAAGACGCAGCCGAACGAUGCAGGCGGAGGCGGCGGGAAGACCCUGGUGGUGGGAUUCAAGAUGGAAGCCGAUAGCCGGGAACUCCUCACCUGGGCCCUCGUCAAACACGCCGACGCCGGCGAUCGCGUCGUCGCCCUGCACAUCCUCCCCUUAACCCCACCCGACGCGUCGGAGGACGGCCUCAGCUGCUCCUAUCGACCUCUCUUGUCUCUCAUCAAAGAGUUCGACGCUAUGCUCGCAGUCUACGAGGGAUUCUGCAACCUAAAAAAGGUUGAGUUAAAGAUGAAGAUAGCCCGAGGGCUCUCCGUCCGUAAAGUUUUGGUCCGCGAAGCCAUCUCCUACCGAGCCGGCAAGCUUGUCGUAGGCGUCUCCAAGAACGAUCGUGGCAUCGGGUGUUCAUUCAACUCGGUCGCCAAGUACUGUGCGAGGAAGCUACCUCAAGAUUGCUCUGUUUACGCGGUGAGCAACGGCAAGACCGUGUUCAAGAGAGAAGCCUCGGCGGUUUCUCGGCUCGUAGAGGAUAAGAAAACCCACAACGAAGCUAAGAUCAUCACAACAGCAUAUGCAGGUGGGCAAACCUUGUAUGGGAGCUACUCAAAGCUCCGGAAUGCAAGAACAAGACCCUCUAAUCUGAACAAAAGCAGCUCUGUUUUCUGUGAGAUCAUAGAGAGAUGUGAUGGCUCGGCAACUCAAGGAAUUCUCACAGUGGAGGCAAAGGAGCAGCGGUUUGUGAUGUCUGACAAGGAUCCGUCUUUGGAGAGGAAACCUGAGCCUGCAUCUGCUUCUUCAAGCUCCAUUUCAUUGCUUGUUCAUGAGGAAGACAGUCCUGGUUGGCCUCUCCUCAGAAAAUUAGUGUCACCUGACACCCGAGCUGUUCCAGCUGAUGGAUCGAAGAACUCGGUGCUUCAAUGGGCGAUGCGUCUGCCAAGUCGAUUCUCAGCAGCAUCCACAGUUCAUCCUGACUCCAAGCCCAUGCACUCACAUUUUGUAGAAGAAGAAAGGGAAUUUCCCAAGGAAUUGGAACAUCUCCGAGACAGGUGCUCAUCAGUUUGUAGAUUGUUCAGCUACAAUGAACUCGCUCAUAUGACUUCUGGCUUCUCACCAGAUAAACUGAUUGGCAAAGGAGGUAGCAGUCAUGUUUAUAAAGGGUGUCUUUCAGAUGGCAAGGAAUUGGCUGUGAAAAUCCUAAAACCCUCCGUGGAUGUGAUGAAUGAAUUUGUAACAGAAAUAGAGAUCAUGACAUCCUUGCAUCAUAAGAACAUUGUUUCUUUGGUUGGAUUUUGCAUUGAAGAGGGGAAUCUCAUGUUAGUCUAUAAUUUCUUACCAAGAGGUAGUUUAGAGGACAACCUUCAUGGUGAUAGAUUGAGCAAAAAUUAUCUUGGCUGGUCUGAGAGGUACAAGGUGGCAGUGGGCAUCGCUGAGGCAUUGAAUUAUCUGCAUGGAGCCAGCAAUGCUCAACCUGUUAUCCAUAGAGACGUAAAGUCCUCCAACAUUCUUUUGUCAGAAGAUUUUGAACCUCUGUUGGCUGAUUUUGGACUUGCUAAAUGGGCAUCACUUUCAACAUCACAACUGAUAUGUAGUGAUGUAGCAGGAACUUUCGGAUAUUUGGCUCCAGAAUAUUUCAUGUAUGGAAAGGUGAAUGAAAAAAUUGACGUCUACGCAUUUGGUGUGGUACUUCUGGAGCUUCUCUCAGGAAGGAAACCUGUCAGCACAAGUUGCCCCAAGGGCCAAGAGAGUUUGGUUUUGUGGGCAAUGCCAAUCCUCCAAGGUGGAGAAGUUAAGGAGCUUCUCGAUCCACGUUUAAGAACUAGUUACAAUGAGGCCCAACUGGAGUGUAUCAUCCUAGCCAUCUCCCUCUGUAUUAAGCGUGCCUCUCGAUCUCGGCCUCAUAUAACAUUUGUGCUGAAACUACUGAAAGGUGAUGAUGAGGUUUUACGAUUGGCGAAAUCACAAGUUCAAAAUUCAAAAGAGUCGGAGGGGUUGGACGAUGAGGGGGUAUUUGGAAAUAACGACAUCCAAUCUCAUAUUGCUCUUGCUUUGGAACAUAUAAAAGAUGGCUCGUCAUCGGGUAGCGGCAUAGAGCCACCAAUGGCAAGCUUAUCCCUCAAGGAGUAUCUGAGGAUUGGAUGAGAGGUGGUGUUGGUACCCCCCUCUCUCUCCUUGAGCAUUUGCUGGAACAAUUUGAUUUCCACUUGAGAAGUUCCUCAGCCAAAAGACUCAUUAGAAUUUCGCUUGAUGUUACUGGCCAUUUGGGCACUGGACUUAUUCCCUUGAUACCAUUUCCAAAAUUUUGAUAAGUAAAAGGUGCACCUGCUUCAUGUGCA